AUGAUUGCUAAAGACGAAGAAGCUCGCCAACUCCCCGUUACCCUUCUCUCGGGGUUCCUGGGGAGCGGUAAAACAACCCUGCUAGAACACAUCCUCAAAUCCCCCUCCCACGGCCUCCGCAUCGCAGUCAUUGUAAACGACAUGAGCUCGCUAAACAUCGAUGCCGCCCUAAUAACACACCAUAAAGUCUCCCAGACGAAAGAAAAGCUCAUCCAGCUCCAGAACGGGUGUAUCUGCUGUACACUCCGAGGGGAUCUCCUCGCUGAGCUAGCCCGUCUCACGAAGAAGAAAGAGGUAGACUAUGUCGUUAUCGAGAGUACGGGUAUCAGCGAGCCGAUGCAAGUUGCUGAGACCUUUACUGCCGAGUUUAGCUCGGCGAUGCUGGAAGCUGAAGGGCAGAUGGACGGGAUGGACGUGGACAAAGAUAGCGGUUUAGAGAUGCAGCUGGAUGAGGAUGAUAGGAAGGUUCUCGAGGAGAUAGCAAAAAUGGGCGGCCUGCACACCCUCGCCAAACUCGACACAACCGUCACCGUAAUCGACACCUUCAACCUUCUCUCCAACUUCGACACGGCCGAAUUCCUCUCCGACCGCUACGGCAGCGACGCCAUCAUCCCUGAAGACGAGCGCACCAUCUCCGACCUCAUGGUCGACCAGAUCGAGUUCGCGGACGUGCUGAUCAUGAACAAGAUCGAGGCCGUGGAUGAAGCCACCAAGGCGAAGAUCAGACGGCUGAUUGGGCUGCUGAACCCUGAUGCGAAACUCAUUGAGACGUCGUAUAGUCGCGUCGAUGUGAAUGAGAUUAUUGGCACGGGGAGGUUUAAUUUCUUGAAGGCUGCUAGUGGUGCUGGCUGGUUGAGGAGUCUGCAUGAGAUGACGGUCAUGACGACGGGGGUUGGGAAUAGGGUUGCCCCUAGACCGGAGACGCUGGAGUACGGGAUUAACAACUUUGUCUAUUCGGCCAGACGACCGUUUCAUCCCCGUCGACUGUUCUCUAUGAUCCACGACAAGUUCAUCCUUCUGCAGUCGAUGGAUGCCCAUGAUCAUGGAAACGGUGACGACGAGGAAGACGAGGAUGAGGACGAGGAAGAGGAUGAAGAGGAAGAGGAGAGCGACACCGAAAUAGACGACUUCGACCAACCAGACCAAGACCUAAUCCUAUCCAACAAACGCAACAGCGAAGCCUUCGGUCCCAUUCUCCGCUCAAAGGGCUUCUUCUGGCUCGCAACCCGCCCCAUGCAAUUCGGCGAGUGGAGUCAAGCUGGUGGAAUGCUUACUGUGGGGCCUGGUGGUCCGUGGUUUGCAGAGGUUCCGGACGAGGCGUGGCCUGAGGAUAAAGAUGUUAGGGAGUCUAUUGAGAGGGACUUCCAGGGGAAGUGGGGAGAUAGGCGCCAGGAACUAGUUUUCAUCGGGGAGGGACUGAAUCCAGAGGCCAUUGCGAACUUGUUUGAUGAGUGUCUGCUUGAUGAUAAGGAUAUGAAGCAGUGGGAGAGGGUUAUGGGGAAUAGGAAGUUGAGUAAGAGUGAGAAGUGUAAGAAGCUGGCGAGUAUGUGGGAGGAUGGAUGGGAGGACUGGCCUGAUGCUGAAGAGGAGAUGGAGAUAUAA